GACCAUUGUAAUUUAUCACAUUUUGAUAAACUUCUUAGGAUAUCAGCUUUCACUGCCACACAGUGAUUGUGGAAGGUUUUUCGCAAUUUCUACACGACACGAACUCCGUAUUAACUAUGAAAUUGUCAGAGCAGCGCUCACAGACAUGUUUACUGAUUUUUGUAACAACUUCAUUGUUACCGAAUGUUCUUUUUUCUAUGUCACUUAGUAUAUCCAUAUAGUCUCGUUUAUUACAGGGUGUGCCAGUAUCGUGCCAAUGAUCUGCUUCAUAAUCCUAUGCUACAUAGGCUGUCACAGAAACAUGGCAGUAGUAGUGAUGACUAUAGCCGUGAUGUCCAUAGGAGGAAUGUUCUGCGGAUUUUUAUCAAAUCACAUCGACAUCGCGCCAAAUUUUGCUGGUACUUUAAUGGCACUGACCAAUACUGUAGCGACAAUACCGGGGAUCAUAGUACCUGUCUUUGUGGGGAAACUCACCGAACACGACCACUCAAUAGGUUCUUGGAGGAUAAUAUUUUGGACAACUGUGGCUCUGUACAUCGUUGAGAUAGUGGUAUACAUGGUGUUUGGCUCUGGAGAAGAGCAAAGUUGGAACAAGGUUGUUGAAAACCCUGGCGAAGAUCAACCACUUAAAACACAAACUGAGAAGAUUGAAAAUGGGAAGCAGCCUGGGGAAGCUUAGAUUUUAUUUUUUUAAUAUUUCUGCAGAGUGCUCGAGUCAAUAAUUUUAUUCUACAGAUUGAGAACUUGUAAGACUGUUAUACUAACUGCAGAAUCUAGUUGAACAUUUAUGUUUAGCUUUUUCAAUUAUUACUAUUGUCAUAUAUUUAUAAAAAAACAAUUUUACUCAUAUGUACUGCCCUAAAUGUAUGAGUAUUACUUUAGAAGUAAAAUUGGUUAUAACAUAUUUUAUUCACUAAAAAGGUGAUCCUUAAACAUGGGAAUUAUGAUAUUAAAAUUCAAAUGUUUUAAUCUCUAUAUCAUAUUUUUACAAAGAAAUAGUUGUAAAAACUUUUACCA